AUGCCGCCCAAGGACCCUGCCGAGGAGCAAGAGCUAAAGGCGUACAAUAAGGCGCUUGAGGAAAAGCAACGCCAAGAAAUGAUUAUAUAUCGGGAAGAGUUCAAGCGAUAUCAGGUAAUUCGCGACAUGCUUCUUGAAUAUUGGAAUCAUGUGUGUCUUUUCAUCCAAAAAGCAGAUAACCUGGAAAAGGAGCGGAUAGCUGCCGAGUCUCAUGAAAUGCUCAACCUUCUACAGACCUGUGGGAUGCAGGCCGCAGAUGACAUGCUAGAAAUAGAGCAAGAACGCAAUUGGCAAAUUUAUCUUGGGAAAAACUCCACUGAGAAAAGCGUGCUGGCCCAAACAGAGAUACUGAUCGCAGAGGUCGAGCUGCUUUUGAAGCACAUACACCCCGAUAGUACGACGCACUCGCUCCGGCAAAACCUCUCCGGCAUUUCAUCAGUACGUCGCUUUAUCGAGGACAAAGCGACACUUUUUGACAUCUACGUUGCAAUCGCCUGUGAAGUUUCUAAUGUCCUGGCCUCUCUAGAGAAGACUAUUAGACAUAGUCCUGAUUUUGGAAUGUCUCAACUUCGAAAGGAAGACGCAGCACACGACCUAGGCGAACAUCAGCCGGCACGCACCCUGGAAGAUGGGGACCAUAGGCCAGACCACGAUGGUCCUGGGCCCCAUCUUGCUCACCAAGACAGCCCAUCUUUGAUCCCCACCUCUUUACUGUCUCAGGAGGAACACGCUGCGAAUGAGAGUGACAUUCCUUUGAUUUUGACAGAUGUACCUGGCAAUCGUGGAACAGAUCAAACUGCCCAGCAAGAGCUGUGCGAUCCGACUCUUUAUGAUCCUCAAAAUCCUCUGAUUGCUAGACCUAUUUUUCAGCCAAAGCAAUCGCUCCCAGAUAUCGUUGAUGCUACCCUCAGAAAGACAUACAUAAGGCCCAUAACAGUGGGACGACGUGCUCAAGGUGAUUUAAGUCGCGCCCAGUCAGCCAAGAAGAUACAACAGGCGGCGGAGAAAUCUCCAGGCGGGGAUAAGACACGCACAGCGUCUCCUAGUGAUGAGGCUGGCAAGCAAGGAAAAGGAAAGAAGAAGGGCAAAACCCAAGAAGCUGUUGCUGAGCAGGAGUUUCCAGACGAGCAAGUCAAGUCCUUCAUCAUGUAUAGCGAUAACAGAAUCUAUAAUUUUGACUCGAUUAGCUGUGGGGUUCUGCCUCCUAAUCCGACUCCGGCCAGCGUUCCGCCGAAUCUCACAGAAAAAGAGAAGAGAGGAUUUUCCCGUAUGAAGAGUGGGACAAUAACAACGACUGAUACAUCUGCAGCUCGUAUUAGAAGCUCGUCUUCUGGGUCUACUUCACCCUUGCCGGGAGGUCAAAUUUCCCAGGGCGGUGUCCAGUUUGAUGCACAGCUAGACAAGGGUAUAGAUAUUAAAAACGCGACAAAAUAUGAUCAAUAUAUGACAUACAUAACCACGCCCACGCUCCUCUUACGAACUAUGCAAAAUCAGCAAUAUAUCCCAAGAAGCCAGCUUGAGAAACUGGCGCACAUAGCUACGCUUCAAGCCCAGCGUGUUCAGCUUCGCUCAAUUCUCUUUACACUGCACGAUAUGUGCUCCAAGUAUCUUCUUGAUCACUCUGAUGACUACCUCCCGCCGACAGCUGAGCCGAUCAAGCUGUCUGCUCCUGCUGAUCUCUUCUCUCUCGAGGAGUACGAUGAUAUAGGAGAGUCAGAGUCGUCGGAUACCAGAACAGAUAAGGCGUCAGAAGAUCUGGACUCCAACGUGUCUGACCGGGAUAAUAUUCUUGAUCCCGAUAUAAAGGAAGCUGCUCCAAAGCCGAGUAAGGCGAAGGGUGGGAUCUCACUCUCUGCAUUGGAAGCGCAUAACGCCGCCAUAGCCGCCAAGCUUCAGGAGCAGGAGAAUGCGCCAAGUGAUUCUCCUCUCCAGAUGCAUCCUGGAAGCAAGGCUUCAACAAGGACAAAAGACCAGAUGACGCUUAAUUUUGACGGUGUUGUCAAGAAGAUAACCAACACUGACAUUAUCCAUCAAAACAGAGCAAACGCACACGGGCCAUAUGUUCCUCUGAUUCUCUCCCAGAUCUCAAAGCGUGAUAUUAAGCAUGACGAAACGUUUAUUAGCACGAUACCCCUUUCCGUUUUAGAUCCGUCCAAUACUAGGUAUAUCGGCUGUCGCAGCACUAUGAUAGACGCGGAGCCGACAAGAGCAUCAGACAACGCAUCUCCGUGCGAUAUCAAGCUGGGACCGACUAUUGCCGGAAGUCUUAAAUCAUCAAGCCGUCCUACGAGUAGCACAUCUCAGAAGAAUGUUGCAAGUAAUCUGACAGCUCCGAAAGAGCAGGCUGGUGAGACUUCUACUCCCAAUAGUAGGGUUGUUUCACGGGAGAGCAUUGCUGCUAGGGACAAGCUUUCUAAAUCUCGUGAUGGUGGGUUUAGAGCAGCCCAACUGAGCAGCACAGAAAGAGGUGACAAGGAAUCCCAGUCAACGACGAGGAAGAAUGUUACCCCAAGUCUACAAGCGAUGUCUCAUGGUUCUACUAGGCAUGCGUUAGAGCCACUCAGUAGUAAUAUGCUAACUGUCGAACUCGUGAAUAAGUACCUUUAUUACUUUGGCAAGAGGCUGAAUUUUAUGGAGAAGAAGCCCCUGAAUCAUGCCCUUCAUGUCUGGAUUAAUACAGCAAAGAAUCCUCGCUUUAGGAACGUCCGCUUUACACCUGCUUUGAAGCUGGUUCUUCCUAACAGUCUCUGCCUCUCCAAUGUCGCUGUGCGGCUUUGUGUAACACCUAUUGAUCUAGUUGGAUAUAAAGCAGAGGGGCUCUCAUACAUGUCGCUUCAGAAGUAUGUUGACAAUCGCAAUCUUAGAAUGUACGAAUUUUCCAAAACUGCCAAGCUAAACAAAAACCGACCUGCAAUGUCAUCUCUUGCACACGUUGCGUAUCCAGAUAUUGUUUCAUUCUGUAUUGACACGUACAUCUCGAAAAUAAUUGUUCCACAGCAGAGUCAGCUCAAUUACAUUGAAACCGAGACGGCUUCUAGUGAUCUGUGGAUGACCGACACUCUUUCCAUGCUUACAGAGCUGGGGUUCGAUCUCAACAAAGCACUGGCUGUCUACAACCUAGCAAUCCCCCCGGAACUGCUAGAGAAAGCAAUCACGCAUAUUAAUAUACGCACAUUAGUUGGACACAAACAGAAGCUUCAUGCUCUAUAUAAGAUCAUCCACACUAACCUACUUGAAACACUCAAAGACAUGUGUCUCACUAACAUCGCCUACCUCUUCAAGAUAAAUUGCAUCAACCUCAUCGUCCGUAAUAUCUGCAUGUUAGAGCUCCUCAUCUCAGAGGAUGAGCGAAAUAACUGCCUUAUGCGGCACCUUAUCGUUAAGAUAGUCGAAGAAGAGAUCCUUAUCUCAGAAGCAGCUAAGAAGCGAGGAAAGAAGGGAAAGAAGGACAAGGGAAAGGCCGAUGAGCGGCCGUCUCUAAUAGAAAUGGUCACACGAGAUGACAUUUUGCAUUGGGAGAAGAACAAUAGCCUGCUUCCAGCCGUUUUUGUCCCCGAGGCCGAAGGAUCAAGACCGAACACCGCUUCAAAGAAGGGUCCCAAGCUAGACAAAACGGCAUUUCCAACCAUGGAUGAAACAGUGAAGGACAUGCUGGCAAAAAUAACAUCCCCAGAUGACAUGUCAUCUAGUGAAACCGAUCUCACCGACUCUGAAUGUGCUGAGAUAGUACUUAAGAAGUCCAGGGCCCAGUCGCGGAACGUCCAUCACUCUACUACCAGGCAGCACAUAUUGGAAGAGGACGAACUCUCGGAGGAAGAACUAAAGAAGAAGGAGAGGAUUGUACGCCAAAUGUCCUCUGACAGGAUUCAGGACGACUAUGACGCUGCUUUUGAAGAUCCCCCUGACACUCCUCUUAUUCCAGAGUUACUUCCUGUCGGAGAGAUGUACUUCCUUAACAUCAUUCGUAUUCCGCCCCAGUUGACAGAAGCGAAUAAUUGGCUAGUUCUACCACUAACUCACACGAGCGUUGAAGAGGCUCAUCAAGCUAAGCUGACAGACGGCUUAGAUCACGAUUUUCUUACAGACGUAGCACAAAACUUAAACUACAAGGCCAUGCCUGAGAAUGACACACAGUUUGUUGCCACACAUGCAGAGCGCUACCAGCCUAUCUCUCUUGAAAGACGCCUUGUCUCUAACACAGUUGAUCGUGAUUAUGCUGAUACACAUUUUCGAUUUGAUGACUCAAUCGGCGAGGUGGAUGACGACGCCUCUUCACCUGUGCGGGACGGGCAGAAGAAGCCGCGCAACAAAAAGCGGCAGACAAACACUCGCGAUCUGAUCUUUACUCUGACGUACGUCGAGCAUCUUCCAUACCCAAUAACCACGCAAAUUAUUCCUAUUUAUCCUGGAUGCACCAUCCUCCGCUGCUCUGAGAUUGCUAAAGAGCGAGCUGCUCUCCUGGCAUUUGAUUCUGUGACUCUAUGGAGCUGGAUACCAAACAUCUUUAACUAUACUCAGUCAACGCUCACUAAGGAACUGUUGGAUGAAAAUGGUGAGCUAGAAGAGACGCUUAAUGUAGACGAUGAACAUCCAGAUCCAAGUGCUCCAGGAGAUGAUCAGCAAGGGGAUAGACAGCCCCAGGACCCCAAACCGGAAGAAGGCGACCAAGCACAGUCGGAUCCUGCACCAGCAAAUGCACUUCCAGGGGCUUUACCAGGUGGUCCCGAACCACAAAAGGAGCAAAUAGAGCCCAUAACACUUGAGUUUGUUCUCCCUCCGGAGCUGUAUGUUGCGCGCAUUCUUACUGCAGAAGAGGCAGUCUAUAGCCUUCAGAAAGCUAUGCUGUCACAUGAUCAGACUUCUUUACUUGGGGUGUAUUUUGUUGGCAUAUGGAAUAUCGCUAUUAAUUCAUGGGAUGUCGAUGGCAUACAGUCUGUCGUCUAUAAGCCCGAGAAGAGGACUGUUGUUGUGAAGUUGCUGAAAACAGGCCCCCUUUCAAUCGUUGCCCUGAAAUAUUCAUCACUUCCCUAUCGUGCUUGGAGCCUCACUCCGUGCUUAGACCGAGGGGACAAUCUUAACAUAGAUGAAUGCGCUGACUUGCUUGGAAAUUAUAUUUACGACCCGACCACGGGCAUGCUUGAAAGCGGUGCCAGUCUGACAAAAACAGGACUGAGUAAUUCAUACUGUGAUGACUUAAUGGAUACCAGAAAAUCGAAUGCACGUGGUCCUAUGGCCUCGAUCACCUCUCAAAAUGGACAGAACUCCAAGAAUGCUCAGUUAACAUCCAUCAGUAACGUUGCCAGCAGAGGAAGGGUUACGUACUACCACCAGGGAGCAACUGGCAAUAAGAUUCCAGUGCCAAAAUUGACAGAACGUUCUAUCCGCCUUUAUAAGCAAUCGGGUGUUGUAGUGCACUCGGUGCUGAUGAAGUUGGCACUACCAUCCGGUAUCCUGCUUUAUCUACGUAUUCUACCGGAGGGCUACGAGAUAGUAGGAUUUACCGAGAUCCCAGGGUUUACAAACUUUGUCGAUAACUUACGAGCCAAUGACUACUUGCCCCAGCAACAGCUAUGCUCCGUACUGAACAUAUCCCACCUUACAACUACUCAGACAAUGUCGCAAUCAUUAGGCAAUAUCAGCCGCACCAAGGGAGCAGCUGCACGUGCCCGGCAGGCAGCAGAGCUGGCCGUGGCCAAGUCGACGUUUGAAGCACAUGCGCACAUACGAUGCCCGCGUGCGUUUAGAAACGUGAUCUUCCCCUCCACAACAGAGCUAUUCUCGGCCUUGACGCGAUCUGGAAUCUUCCUUUCGCACACAUCGGACCAUGAUAUUCUACAGGCAAAUCUACGCCCAAAGAACCGAAAUAUCGAUGUAGAGAUGGCGCGGCAACUCGCUGUCUUAUCAUGCGUUAACCUUUCUGCCUCAACUAUGCCUCUGGUUCAGGUUAUAGGAGCGAGCCCCUGGAACAGACGCCUCCCCAAUGAGCCAAUUCUUCCUCCACCGCAAAACCAGUUCCAGAUCACAGAGGAGAAGUUUGUCGAGUCACUGAAGAGGAGCAGGGGCUGGCUUUCAGAACUAGAGCUUCGUGAGCACGAGAAGGCUGAGAGGAAGAGAGAACGUGCUGAGAAGAAAAGACUAGAACAAGAAGCUAAAAAGCCUGGAUCAACUGUUCCUCCCCCGAAGAAGGUUGAACAGAAGAUUGAAAAGGGAAUGCCGGAACCUCUCGGCCCAGGCACCUACGGGUUUACCAAGCUUACUGUAGACAUCCGUGCAAACGCAGUAGCGGACUUGAAGGUAUAUAUGAGCGAAUACUUGAAGAGCAUUUUUCCGAUUCAGGCUGUUUCAUAUGACCAUUCUGCAUGCUUUGUAGUGGGAUGCAGUGUUUCUGCCGUGGACAUGACUUUACCCCCGUCGUCCUCUACUAAUUCUUUGAACGACAGGCAGACUUCUUCAGCAGGAAGCGUUCUAUCUCUCACCACUCCAAAAUCUGCUGCCAGCGCUCGUGGAAAGCCCGCGCCCCCCGUGCUCGUGGACGACGGCCAAGGCGGCAUGAUCGACGUUUCGUCGGUGUUUGCCGUAAGGCCUGUUUCUACAGCCUACAUGACCAGCGACGAGCGUGCCGAGUUACUCUCACAGACAAGCGACGUCCGGGACCAAGCCCUGACAAAUCUCAUUUCCAAGGGCAUGACCCUCCACGAGUUUUCGAAGACCAUCUACGGCCUGAUCAAGGAGCCGGCGCCAAAGCCUCACCCGCCCGAAUAUACUAAAGCAGUGGAAGACAUCGAAAAGUACAACGCGAAGCACAAAAAAGGAAAGAAAGGAAAACGCUCUAAGAAGGUGGUAGAAGAAGAUGAUCAGGCUGAAGAGCAGAACUACUUCCUGGAACCUCGGGUGACUCAGACGAAGCCGUACGAUACAGUCACGUGCGACUUUUACUCUGCUCUCCAGAACAACGGUCUUUCACUGCGAACGUUUUGCAUAACAGAAGGCAUGCUCGGAGCAGGAAACUUCACCACUCGUGCGUGUGCCGUUCCGUUUUCCCCCGACACUGAAGGUCGGAAGGGAGAACAAUUCUGCCCAGCAAGCUGCUUUGGCUGUGAGAGCCACUCCACUGCACUUCAUGUCAUUCUCUCAAAGCUUCGGAAUCUCGACGCUACCGAUCCGUUUGCAAUCAGCGCGUCCCUGAAAGGUUGCUGCUACGAUCCUGUCCUAGUUAUAAUGGUCUUUCGACUGGUGCAGGCACUGCGCUUGGCGUCCUUGGGAUGA